AUCCAAACCAAGCUUACCAACUACACCACUUAUCUCAUCUACCUCAUCUACCUCAGAAUAUUAUAACAACAAUCAAGAUGAACCUCUUAACCUGUCUAUCUGUAUACACAAUAUCCGUGGAUAUAACACAGACCUCAAACAACAA